AUGUUUAAUUUCGUCUUUCCGACCACUUUGGUAAGUCUCGUAGCGGUUAUUGGUUUCCAUGCUCCGAUAAAUACUACUGGUCGACACGAAAGUAAAUUUCGUUUGGGAAUCAUGACGUUGCUGAGUAUGUCUGUCAUGCUUUUGAUGCUAGCUGAUGAAAUGAAAUUUGCACUGGAAUCAGUUCUAGGACAAAGAGGCUCAUUUUGUGAUGUGCCUUUGCUUGCAGUGUUUCAUAUGAUACAAAUGCUUAUUAUAAGUGUCGCCACUUGCACGAGUUCAAUAUUUGUUUAUUUAGAGAAAUAUGCCUUACGAAACCAAUACAUUGAGGCAAUUCCAUGGUGGUUACGAUUUUUAUCUGCCAAGAGACUGUUCUGCUGUUAUGUGCCGAAAAGAUUUCGAAUAGCAGGCAGUGAGGACAUCAAGCGAAAUCACGAUGUUAUGACACGUUUUGUUAGUUCAGCAUCUGAUAGCUUCACAUUUCGGGAUAUAAUUCCUGCCGAGGUAAACAUGACAGAAUGUCACCAGGAGACAGCAAUAUCGGAAGCGCUUGCCGAUGCGCCACCACCAAUAAAUACGCAACGGAUCGAAUUACUUGUUAAUUUGAUGAGACAGUUAAUACAAAUGAAAGAAGAAGCUCAAAGGAGACAUUGCUUACCGACUUACUGGAAAAGGGUCAUCAGAAGGCUGGAAAAAAUUUCGCUUACCACUUAUCUUUUCCUUAUCAUCACCAAUGUUGCCAUGUUUCUGUGCUAUGAUCUUUGGUACUGA